AUGCAAUCUUUCACACUUCCAACACUCCUUCUGGCUCUGGUUGCAUCCGUGCUGUUGUGGAAAGUUGUCAGCGGUAAGCUGUGGCUAUCUGUUGGUGGAAUUGGCUUUUUCCCCAGAAAUAACGGCCAUCUGCUACCUAUAGCAAUAUACAGUGUAUCCGUCACCGUUGGCAAGCUUGGCGUUUCUGUCAGCUCGGUUGGAGUGGCCCUUCGUCCUUCUCGACCGUUUAUUCGUGUCUGUGUGGACGGACUGACUGUUACCAAGUCGAAGUCUUCGAAACAACGAGUUUCUGCCCAGUCUUCCUCGUCCUCAAGCAGAGUACCAUUAAUGUUCCUGUCCUUGCUCGACUACCUGGUCUACUGGGUCCCAGAGACGAUGCUUUUGGUUUCCAACGUGAAGUUCAACGAGAUGGAAGUCCAAUCAGCAGAAAUCCGUCUCUCAAAGACUCAUUUGCUCCGACUCCAUGUUUCUGCUGCCAAAAUAGACUUCCGCCAUGAAUCGCUCCAUGGCCACGUAUCUUCCCUUUCUGUGGAAGCCACAUCCUCCAUUAGACUUAGACAAUUCCGUCCAAACGCAAAUAUCGUCGUUCAGAACGGUUUCCUGGCCAUUGAGUCCGUCCCCGUGAAAGUCCAGUUCACCGCCUUGAAAUCCAUCGUUACUCCGGACUCGGCCAGUCUGAGCCUGACCAACAUCGUUUCCAAAGAUCUUCUCGACCUUCCCGAGAUCAGCUAUACGCUCAACUUUGCCGAAAUGGUCUCGAAAGUGGAAUUACCGUCGGUCUCUGCAAAAAUAUCACUCUCUUUGAUAUUUGUGCUACUAUCCACCUUUAUCAAGCCAUAUGCCUCCAAAUCGUCAAAGUCGUCGCAAAACCCUCCUAAGUUCGUUUUUCUGCUUCACAAUCUCGACCUCGAGCUGGUGCUGGCCAACGAUUUCCACGUCCGUGUGCUUCUGGAGCAAACCUCCGUCUCGUCCACCACGGCCGUUGUGCAGAAAGUCGUGCUCCAGAUCGAGCAGCACCAGAAGUGGCAGCGACUGCUCUCUAUCCAGGACUCGCGCGCAGAAAUAGCUGUCCCCGUGGAAAUCUCUAUUGGAUUCAUCAAGGCGUCCAUUCCGCACGAGUUCCUCAUCUACAAACUGUUUGACAGCAUCACCAACACCAUCAAGACGCUCAAACAACACCUGUACACGCUUAAAACGGGCGACGAGUCGCUGGUGAUCGAGCCAAAGGCCAAACCGCCGAUUCUGAUCCCAGAACUCCGGUUCCACGCCAAAAUGGUGGCACUCUGUUUCGAGGCCGACCCGUUCGAGACCCAGCUCGCCAUGGCGUACCAGCUGGGCAAGGUCGAGCAGCGGUCGCGACUCGCCAAGCUGGACUAUCUCGACAACCCAGAGUUCCUGGGAAAAGUGUACGAGAACAUAUCAACUUCGUGGGUCAGUCUCGUCAAGGAGUAUACCUCCAAAUUGGCAGCUACCAUCGCCCAGAACAGCAGUUUCCUGGAAGGAACAGACACCAGUCUGGCUUCUACGAAUGCUCCUGUUCUGUCAUUGUACCUGGAAUCGCUCGAGCUCAAGCUUGCACAGCCCAAACUGCCCUGUUCGCUGCCUGACUACAUAAACCGGGUCGGCAAGGGCAUUCCCCACGAAACCGAGUACACGACGCUGGUGCCGCUGCAUGCCGACCUGUCUGUGGGCCAAGUGCGGGCCCAUCUGAUGGACCUGCCGCUGCCGUUGGCGUAUCUGCCGUGGAGCUCGGAUAAGUCCACCGGGUUGCAAAUUACAGGCAAUCUCGUGCUACUGGAACAGCUGGGCGGUGACUGGCGAUGGGUGGACGUGAAGAUCAACGAGUCCACGUCGAUGAAGAUCCCGCGGUCGUUGUCGAGCAUGAAAACGCUGCUGGAGCUGGACGCGGUGGUGAAAACCGACCAGACCAUGCUUCUCACCUGGGGAGCAGGCAUUCAGCCCAUACUACGGCAACUGUCUCUCUGUGUGGACAGUUUCAGCAAGCCCAAGAUGGAUCCGAGUCCGAAACUCGGAGUCUGGGACAAGAUCAGGUACAUUUUGCACGGGUACGUGAACCUUGUGUGGGCCACAGACGCAGACCUGCGUAUCAACCUGAAAGGGUCGAUGGACCCGUACGAGAUUUUUGGGCCCGCGGCCGGGUUUUCGUUUGUUUUCCGCAAGAGCGUGCGACUCGAGCUCAACAACCCGCACAACAACCCGUCUGAUUUCGUUGUUGUGCGCGCCAAGGAGACGUAUUUCGGCAUCGCGAACCACAGCGGAGAAAAAUUGCCGUGCUGGUGCGCCCAAACUCCGCUCUACUUAUCGCGCGCGUCUAAAAAUCCUCUAUCAACUUCGUUAUUUGGCUGCUACCUAAACCCGCAGUUCUUUCAGCCCGUUGCGCCCGUGGUGCGGUUCAAGCAGGCAGUCAGUCUGAAGGGCGAGAUCGAGUUCAAACUCACGUUCGACUUCAACCAGCAGGACGAGUCCGUGCAACCAAAACCGCACUACCUGGUCACAAUGGUGCACCCGCCGUGCGACGACAACCACGACUCCUAUGCCGGGUUCCGUACGAGCAACAUCCACAUGGGCAUCCAGCUCGCCACCAAGGACGCAGAAACAAACUCGCUGUACCUGACACCCGUUUCGUUCUCGUACUUUACGCAAUGGUUCAAGCUCUUUGGCAACGGUAUCUCGCUGCCCAUCAGAAACGGCUCGUUGUUCCAGAACAACCCGGAGUCUGUCAAGUUUGGGUCGCAUCUCCACUCUUUCGGCUACCAGUUCGACGUCAAGCCGCUGUAUCUGUUCCACGGCUACCGUAUGGACCUUGACGACAAGGAAAAUCAGACGGUCUUGGGUUUCAAGGGCAAAGUGGACGGGUUCCAUUUGGAGUUGAACCAGAACAAGGAGCCCAUGGUGCUGAAGAACGAGACCCUGCAUCGACAGGUGAAACUAAUGAAGAUGAAGUUCAGUACGGGCCGGGUCGAGUUCAAAGACGUUGACGUGCGUGUUUUGGUAGCAGCGGCAGAAAAGCUCGAUGGCGAUCAGUUUCCAACCAACUGUCACUCCUGGUUCGACCGCGAGGACCUGGAGGAACAGAACCUGCCGUCUUUUGGUACCGUCUCGGCCAAUUACCUGCAUUUGUUCCAUUGCAUGGACAUGGCGUUUUCUAUGGAUAACGCUGCCAAGGGAUUCACCAACGUCGUGGAGGUGGAGCAGCCGCUGAUGCGCUGGAACACCUCGCUGCGGAACAAAGUGUUCCAGUACCUGCAUCGUGUUGGGUUCCGAAACUCGUAUACCUACUACUCGAGCUACCAUUCGCUGAAAGUUGCCGAGCAGAAUUGCAACCGCAACAAGACCGUGACCGAUUCCGAGGACUCGGUCAGUUUUUCGAGCCGCGAGUUGCGAAUCGACAACUUCAACGACGACAUUCGCGAAAUCAGUAACUCCUCCAGGAAUCUGAUCCCCAUGGACGACUUUCUGAUCAAAAUUAAACGGCCACAGAUCCAGCUGAUUGAGAACGAAGAAGCCGACUUUUUUAUGUUGCUGAGCACUCCCGAGAUCAACAUCAGCGUCAUUUCGAUCAGCGACAAGAAAACUUUGGACAACGUUUCGUCGCAGCCUGUGGAGCGGCGGCUGGGGUCGGUUUUGCACGACACUGACGUUUUCUUGCUGGACCGGUCGGUUUCGACUGAAAACGCCAACUUUUACGGAUCCACCAAUAAUUGGCCCCUGUUUCUGCCCGAACCGCCAGAGAAGUACAAGAUCUUGUCCAGGACGUCGAUGUUGGUGAGAUAUGACAAAAUCAGCGGUCUGGUCAGCGAUAAUAUCCGCGACAAGCUCAUGUUCAACAUGGAGCGGCUGGAAACAAAACUGGACUCGGAGCAGGCCCGCGCUUUGUACUCGCUCGUCACCAAACUCCUGCUCUACUCGGAGCCCAGGUCCAAGAAAUUGGAUGACGCAGUCAAGGAGAUGGUCAUGGUGACCGACUUUGGCAACCUGGACGCCAUUUUCAAGCGAGUCCGUGUCAUUGCAGGACAACUACAGUACCUGGACAAACCGUCGUCUUUGCGGAACAAGCUGCUGAUCGAGCUGUAUACCCGGAUGCGAGUUUUAGUGAAAGGCGGCGGCGAUGAUAGCGAGCUUGAAUGGAUAUUGAAAGCUGGGUCUAUAAAGAUGGACUUUGCCGACCAGAACCAGACAUUUUUGCGGCUGGAAAUUGUCCAGGGAGAGUUCAAGCGUGUUGCGCUGUCUGACGGGACAACUGUCAAUAGGGUUUCUGUGGGUACGUUGCAAGCACGCAACAUGGAUAAGGCGAUAUUCCCCGACCUGCUUUCUGGAAUGGAGUCCAGCGACAUGGUGGACAUCUCGUGGACAAUGGCAGAUCCGAUUGGCGGGAUCCGUGUGGCCAAGAACGUGGAAAUCCGUUGUUCUCCGAUCAAGUUCGGACUCGAAGAAGAUGUUGGCCGUCGUGUAAUAGAGUAUAUGAUGGGAGACAACGAGAGCGAGGAGAUUGACGAGAAAACGGACACUUCGGACAACAAAGACGUCACCACGUCGUCGGGGCUGAUGAUGAGCCGUUCGAAGCAAAAUUUCUGGUUCCAGGCCAUUCAAAUGGAGCCUAUUCUGCUAAGCAUUUCGUUGCGUGCAAAGGGAUUGAAGAAACUUUUGAAUGUGACUGGGUUUGAGCUUUUGUUGCCCCCAUUGGAGCUGUCCAACAAGCUCUGGGCGAUGGAAGACCUGCUCGACCAUCUGAAGAAGUACAUUUUGCACUGUCUCAAGAUCCAUUUCGGCAAGAUCUUAAAGCACAAGCUGACACACUGA